UCCACGACCGAAAAAAGAGCAUUACUAUCUUUAUUUGAAAUUUCUUCUGGGUCGUUACAAUGAACGUGUCCGACAGUGUCGUCGAGUCGGAUCCCAUCGGAAUCGACGAGUCGUAUCGCCCUCUUCCUUCUCUCUACUUGGCCUUCUCCUUCAUCUGGCUCCUCUGCGCCUGCUCCUGGACUGUUAACACCUACAAGAAUCGUCACUUUCAGACCAAUAACUUGCAGUGGUCACUUGCUUCCGUUCCUCUUCUAAAAGCGUUGCAACUAACUUUAUCUUUCCUCUUCUGGUAUUCAUGCUUUUACAUUCAGACAUGCUCCUUAUGGAUGUCAUUUGGGGUAUAUGUAACUGGAGUGCUCUUUCAGACAGCUUCUGUUGUGUCAUUUUUACUUAUUUCCCAUGGUUAUUGUAUCAUGUCUGAGCACCUUUCAGUUUAUGAACGACGAACAACUGCUUCAAUUGGCUGUAUUUUUUACUUGACACUUGUUGGCUACCGAGCAUCCAUACCUUACUUCUCUGUCCUACUUCUGCUCAAUUACUUCAUUUCCUAUUAUGUGAUCUUCCACCACAUAUAUCAAAAUAUACUAGUAUUGCAAGAACAACUCAAUUUUAUUAUGGAGGAGGAUGUUCAAGCAAUGCACGAUGCCAUUCACACAAAAUACAAGAUGCUCAAAAAAUUCCAAGGAAUCAUGCAAAUUGUUGCCAUGGCAGAAAUUGUGAUAUUCUUGAACGUAGACGAUUCAGUUGAAAUUUACUGGCUUCGUCUGUUAGUACGAGAAUGGGCACAAUUCUGCAUCUUCAGUUACAUUGGGUGGAUCUUUAGGUCACAAGACAUGGCUCCCCGUUUCUCUGUUAUGCCAACUGUUAAGUCUGAAAAUAGUAGGAUUGUGCCUCCUAUUUAUAGCAUUGAAGUGGAUGCAGCAACUUUUAGAGAGGUUAGCACUCAUAAUUGGCACAUUGGCGUGCCGACCUCGCUGUCUCGUAACGAAGGUUCUAAGGAUUCGUUCAUCGUGAUUAUUCAGCAUCCUCGUGCGUAUAAUGCCAACAAUCAAUCCAUGCCAAACCCAGCAGAUUUUGGAUCUUCGCCUGCAGAUGAGACAUGACAUUCCUUUUCUUUCCCCUUCAAAGAGGUUACACCAGUUGACAGUUUAUAGAAAAUGUUGACAGCAAAUCCCUUUUGCUAGGCCAGGUAUUAACUUCCAUACGAUUUACAGAAUCAAAUUGUACAUUCUUUUCUAUGUACUUCCACGGUUGUUUACAACUGACAGAUGUAAACUGAUUCCAUACUAAAUGAAGUAUACCUCCCUUUCACUAUAA